AUGACUCUCUUAGGUAGAGAAGACAUUAUAAACCUUCUAGCAAAUUAUCUGUCCUCAGUGACUGUGAGACUUGCUCUUCCUCAUCUUGACUGCAGGAAGCAAGAGGAUGAAGAUUAUUUGGCAGAGGGACUUGGUGAAGUUUUGAUUCCCCAUGGAUCUCAAGGUGUUAAUUCACGUCAUAAACCUUUACCUGAACCAGAUCCGGAACUUGGAAUAGGUUCUCUGGUUGAAGUCAUGUCAACCAAGCCUCUGUAUGGUCUCAUCAAAUGGAUUGGGAACCUCCCUGACCAGAAAGAGCCAAAAAAAUUGAUUGCAGGACUUGAAAUGGAGGAAGAGACAACAGCAGGCACAGAUGGAACUUUUGGAAGUCAUCGAUUAUUUAACUGUCCAGCUCGUAAAGGACUCUUUGUACCAUUAUAUAAAUGUCGCAAGGACAAACGUUUCAUCGACGACCGUCAACUGCGUAUUCAGACAUCAGACAGGAGCAUAAACUUUGGCAGUACGGAAACACCAGAUCUACCUGGAACUGUUUCACCUCCUACUUCUCUUGAAAAUAUUAGUCUUAUUUGUGGAAAAGGUCGUGGAAUUCAAGGCCAUCAUAAUUCUUGUUACAUGGAUGCUACACUAUUAGCUAUGUUUUAUUUUACAACUGUGUUUGAUUCAAUAUUACACCGUCCAAAAAUUCUGUCAGAUAUACAAGAAUACCAGGAAGUUCAACAAGUUUUAAAGGAAGGGAUUGUAAAUCCAUUAAGAAGGCAUCACUAUGUGAGAGCUGAUAAAAUGAUGAAAUUGAGAAAGUUGUUAGACAAAGUUGGCAAAAUACCAGGCAUGAUGAGUGAAGAAAAGGAUCCUGAAGAAUUCUUGAAUUUGCUUCUAAAUGAAAUAACUAAAGCAGACCCUUUCCUCAAAAUUUG